AUGGGUGAUGGGAAGUCCUGGGCGGGUUCCUGUCAAAGCCGGAAGUGGUCAGAUGUGCUCGACAGCAGCGUGGAGGCGGGGCUCAAGACCGGGGCCAGUGAGGCCAUUGCCAUUUUCCAGAUGAGAGAUGAAGAAACUGGGGCCCAGAGUGGAGACAGAAGCAGCAGCUGGCCUCCUGACUCUCAGCCUGCUGCUCCUUAA